AGAUGAAGUUUUUGCAAGCUCGGCAAUGGCGGAGAGGGAGAAGGAGGAGAAGGAGAGAGGAGAGAGAUGGAAGGCGGCGCUUGUGAAUCUCACGGAGAUGGGGUCUAAUGUCGACUCUUUGCAGCGCCUCCUAGUGAAAAAGGCGGUUUUUGUUGAUGAUGAGUCCUUCGCCAAGGCUUCCCUCAUCUCGGAGCAAUCGAAGACCAUCAAGUCACUUGAACAGAGGGUAGAGACCUUGGAACGAGAACUUGAUGCUGCAAUUGCAGCUGCAGCACGUGCACGUUCUGAGAAACGACAGGCUGAGGCAGCACAAAGAUCUGCAGAAUUGCGGGCACAAGAUAUUACCAGAGAACUUGAGAACACUACAAAGGUGUUCAAGCUACAUAUGGAAGAGCUUCGAUCGAAACAAGAAGAGAUCUCAAAGAAAGAGAGCGAGAUCAAAGUUUUGGAAGCGAUAAUACAAACUCUAAGCAGAAAUGGAUCAAUUGCUGGAGAUGACUAAGACGAGUCGGUCCCAACCGUCUUUGUACAAUAUAUUAAACAAUCAAACAUUGUACGACUGAGUUCCGGUCUAGUAUUUACCAUUUAAUGUAAAUCCGACACUCCGGGAGGUGUAUUUAGAUUGACUUAACAUAUAUUAAUAAAGUUUGCAAAAAUUGAUCAA